UGACAGUGUAUGAAGUGCACGUGGCAACAGGUGAACUUUGGAAUGCCGGAACAGUAGCAAACAUUUACAUUUCUGUCUAUGGGGAAAAGGGAGAUACAGGAUCCAGACAACUAUUUCGAUCAAAGAGCACCUUGAAUUUUUUAAGAGGACAAGUUGACAGCUUCCUCCUGGAAGCUGUGCAUCUGGGGAAUUUGUACAAGAUUGUCAUAGCCCAUGAUGGGCUUGGACCAGGAAAUGGUUGGUUUCUUGAUGAUGUUGUGAUCAAGGAUCCCACAACGAACCGUGAAUACACCUUUUUCUGCCACAGAUGGCUGGAUCAAGGGGAAGAUGAUGGUAAAAUCGUCAGAGAACUGUAUGCCAAGAAUAACAGUAUUCUCUCUGCAAGGCAAAAGCUGGAAGUUAUUAGAAAAGAAACAUGGGCUGCAGAAAGCUGGAAAUUUAGGAAAGGAAAUACUCUUCAGUUCUACAACAGGCUUACUGGAGGGUUUGUCCGUCUGCAUCCAGACAGCACAGUGGACGCAGUUGGAGAGAAGACAGACAAAUACGGUUUCUUUGACGUUAUUUUCAACAAAGGAAAUGUAUGCAUUUUCCAAAGUCAUGAAUUGAGGCACCUUUCUCUGGCUCUUGACAACGGCUCCGUCACUGGAAUGGCUAGUGGUGGAGCCUCCACUGAGAUGCGGGUGCUGUCUCAGCCCAACCGCUGUGCACUCCUUGAGUCAGCACGGGUUCCCGGCCACUUGGUUAUUUUUGAUCGCCAUGGCAAAAUAACUAAUGAAUCAUCAGCAGGCUACGCAGACCUUUCAAAAGAGUUUGUGGUUUUUGUCAAGGGUGUGUUGCUCAACAGCGCAGUGGUUCUGCUUGCCACCAGCCUGUGCCAGGCCCUCUGCCUCCUGCCGGAUGGGAGCUGCACAGGCGUGGGAAAGCCGUCUGAAAAGUCCUACUGGAGAGUGCAUAAAAUCAGCUCUGGGAUCUGCAUGUUUGAAAGUGUGAAGAAUGCACGGAUGUUUCUGAGGAUUAAGGACGGACGGUGUGACGGAGCCGUAAGCAUCUGCUCAUGUUUUUCUCAGCGAAUGUCUAAGACACUUGCCAAGAAUUGCUACGAGUGUUGCUUGCUUGAGUGUUUUGCUUUUUAGUUUUGACCUAUGAGCACUCUGGAAAUUGGAUGUGCUACGUGGUGGCCCCCCUUGACUGG